ACUCUACUGAUGUCGUGGCGCUUUGGGGCAAGAAGUUGGUAUUCUGCGGGGCCCUGGGACUGAAGACGAGGUCGGGGUGACCCCUGGCUCUUUCCUACCCAUUCCUCCUUCUCUCGCCUCUCCCCUCCCUCCUCGGGCAGGAUGAGGCGUGCAGGCCUGGGUGAAGGAGCACCUCCUGGCAACUAUGGGAACUAUGGCUAUGCCAAUAGUGGGUAUAACGCCUGUGAAGAAGAAAACGAGAGACUCACUGAAAGUCUAAGAAACAAAGUAACUGCUAUAAAAUCUCUCUCUAUUGAAAUAGGCCAUGAAGUUAAAAAUCAAAAUAAAUUAUUAGCUGAAAUGGAUUCACAAUUUGAUUCUACAACUGGAUUUCUAGGUAAAACUAUGGGAAGACUGAAGAUUUUGUCCAGAGGGAGCCAAACAAAGUUACUGUGCUAUAUGAUGCUGUUUUCAUUGUUUGUAUUUUUUGUCAUUUAUUGGAUUAUUAAACUGAGGUGAUACAAGUAUGUGUGAGUUUGGAAUUUGUUCCAGCUAAUGGCUUGGAAUACCACUUCCAUAAAAAUCAGCAUCAAAACAUUCCUAAUUUUCUAAUACCAUGGCCUUUCCCAUUGAAGAUUACUGGAUUCUGCUUGUUUUAUAAAUCACAUUAGAUAAUACAGUGAUUUUUAUGCUAUUUCUUAUUGACUCAUUUUAACCCCUAUUUUUAGGGGUAUUAAGAUUGCCUAAAGUCAGUGUUGCUCUACCAGUUUUUUGUUUGCUUGUUUGUUUCCUGGUGUUUGCUAAUUGUCAAAUUAAAUAGCAAUAUAAUAUACUGUUGUUAUCAUAAAUGUGACUUUAUGUUCCAUGUAAAAAAGCUAGUGGAGAGCAGUAGAAUACCUGGAGAGCCUCAUACACUGCUUUUGAGGUAUUGAGCCAGUCUGUGAUGGAAUGGUAAUUUUCUUUUCCUCAGAGGUCAUCAAUUAAUGAUGUGCUCUCCCUUCCUCCUUAUUUAGCAAAACUAUGGGACAGUUCCUUUUUUCCUGCAGUCUUA